AUGUCCCAAACAGAGUCAGCUACUUGGAGUAUCAAUCUCCCUCUUGUGCUUUUGGGCAUCCGAUCUUCUGUCAAGGAGGACAUCCAAUGCACUGCCGCCGAACAUGUGUACGCUAAACCCCUCCAUCUGCCCGGCGAAUUUGUGCAGCUUUCCACGAUAAACACCAACAUCCCGAGCACCUUCGUACAGCAGUUGAAACAAAGCAUGGCUCAUCUGCGUCCAACCCCCACUCGUCUGACAUCGAAACAUGUGUUGGUACACGAGGACCUUAAAUCUGCCCCCUUUGCUUUCGUCCGGCAUGACGCAGUGCGCAAACCCCUUUGUCCUCCCUACGAUGGCCCAUAUAAGGUCGUUCAGCGGAAAGACAAGUUUUACGCCCUUCAGAAGGCUGAUAAGACUGACACGGUCUCCAUUGACCGCCUUAAGCCAGCCUACCUGGAGUGCCUCCCGUCGACCAGUGCGCUAUCCAUUCCCCCUACUAUGUCCUCACCCGAUACACCCACUCCGCUCACCUACCCACCAUCCCCACACUUGAAGAAUAGUACCCACACAACCGGAUCCUCCUCCUACACCACCGCCCAUUUCAUCUCCUUCCGGUAG